AACUGCACCCCAAUGCACCUUGCCAAAUAUGUAGGUCAAAACAGAUCAGCAUACAUUGUGCAUUACAGUUUAAAACCAAUGGUUUAUUAACCACUUCAAGUCCGGACCAGGGACUGACAACUCAUGGGGCCCCCGGGCAGUAGGGGAUCAUGGGGCCCGUGUCCUUGCCCAAACUCAAAAAAAGCCUAUGAAAAAGGUACCAGGGGCAUCUCAUGGGGCCCCCUACUGACCCCGGGCCCUCGGGCAGUGCCCAAGUUUUCAAAUGGUCAGUCCGCCCCU